GGAACAAUGAUGAUCCCCAGUGUUAUUGCGCCGCCUGCGAUAUAUUCUGCAUUCAUGCGUCCUGCUGCAUCGCUGCAUUCGCCUGUGCAGUCAGCUUUCCACGCUCAUCACAGCUUUCUGGUGGAGGACCUGCUGUGCAUCAACAGACCUACUGGCUACUUUGACCAAGAUGUGCACUCGCUAUGCGCCUCUCCUCCCACUUCAACCACUCUUUCCAUCCAGGAUAACCACAGGCAAUCGGACAGAGUCAGCCACAGUGUAACAGAGAAACAUGUAGCUUACUCCCCCAAAACUUCACUGUCUAGCAAGGAUCCAAACUAUCUCAAGUUUGGUGUGAGUGCCAUUUUGGCACCGUCGCCAAAGAAAGCCACCUCUCCCCUCUCCCUUUACGGCAUGCAUCCCAAAGGAUUCUCCGUGCCUUAUUUCGAUGGAUCGUUCUACCCUUUCGUCCGUUCCUCAUACUUUCCUGCCCCUUCAUCUGUUGUACCCAUCCCUGGAACUUUUUCCUGGCCUCUUGCGGCGAGAGGAAAGCCAAGAAGAGGGAUGCUGCGACGGGCAGUGUUUUCUGAUGUGCAGCGCAAAGCUUUGGAGAAAAUGUUCCAAAAGCAAAAAUAUAUUAGCAAACCAGACAGGAAAAAGCUCGCAUCGAAACUCGGACUAAAAGACUCACAGGUCAAAAUUUGGUUCCAGAACCGGCGCAUGAAAUGGAGAAACUCAAAGGAGAGAGAACUGUUGUCCACCGGAGGCUGUCGAGAACAAACCCUGCCAACCAAAACAAAUCCUAACCCAGAUCUCAGUGACGUGGUUAAAAAGUGCUCCGAGGAUGAUGAAGAUGUAGAAGAAGACGCUUGUGGAGAUAGUCCUCGUACAUCACACUUUUGCCUCUCAUCAAGACGCGAACUGUCAAACAGCACUGACUCCAGCAUUUCAUGCAAACACUCGGACUUUUCUGAAUCAGAAGAUGAAAUUACGGUUUCAUAAGCAACUUUAUCAGCUAUAAUUUCUGUACUUAAGCACAAAUUUACGCAAUAACCACGUUAUGGUUUUUGGCGGAAAAUUACACUUCACGUUCAAAUGAGUGUUUGUAGCAAAUCCUUUUCACAUCACGUUAUUUACUCAUUUGGAAAUUCU